GUGAGUGCGCGCGCAUGCUUUAAAGGCGCGUAACCAGGAUCGGCUCAGGGGGCCUGCGCCGUCAAAGGUAUUAUAAGGAAAAAGCACAGUAUGUGAAUAUUCCUUUAUAAGAAUGACCCUUUUUUGGUCGCAUAGGGGGGAUACGCGAGAAACCCACCCUGUGUAUGUGCCUGAAUUAUUUUACGUUUUUUGUGAUAUGAAAGUAACACGAACUUUGCACAACACUAUCACAUACCAUCAUAAUAAGUGUAGCUUCUUUAUAAAAGUGCGUAAAUGUAUAGUCAAUGUUAGUCAAUACUCAAGUAUAUAAAAUAAUAAUCAAGAAUAUAAAAUAAUAAAUAAAACUGAAACUGUUUUAAUUUUCAAAUUGAUUCUCAAAUGAAAAAAACUCCUGCCAGACGACAGAAUUUUUGAGUGAUACGGAACUAUACCCGCUGCUACGGAACUACUACCACUAUGUGCAAACAGAAAACAACAUAUAAAUCAAUAAAAUUUGAAAAUGUGUAGUAUUUUCUGUGCAUAUCAUAUGCAUAAGUAAAUUUGUAGUCGUCUGAGAAAAAAAAACAUGAGCAUUGGGACCCCCUAAAAAAAGAAAAUACAAAACGUAACUUUCACCAAUGGUAAAGCACUAAAGCCGUAAUCGACUGGUUCACAUCAACAAAAAACAAGACAGCAUCCAACUUUAUAUGUUUCGACAUAGUGGAAUUCUACCCAUUCAUCAGCCAAGAACUCCUAAACAAACCCCUCGACUUCGCCGCUGACUACGACUGCAUCACCGCUGAAGAAAAAAACAUCAUAACCCACGCCAAGAGCUCUAUCCUAGUUUACAACCAAACACCCUGGCACAAAAAAGGCAACUCGACAUUCGACGUGACAAUGGGAAGCUACGACGGCGCUGAAACAUGCGAACUUGUAGGCAACUUCCUCCUCUCCCAACUCCAAGACCUUAACAUCAACGUAGGACUCUACCGCGACGACGGACUAGCCAUCACAAGCGGCACACCUAAAAACACAGAAAAUAUCAAGAAAGAACUAUGCCGCAUCUUCAACAACAACGGACUGCGAAUCACCAUAGAAGCCAACAAGCGAGUAGUCAUCUUCCUAGACGUCACAUUCGACCUAAACCGCAACACUUACCAGCCUUUCACCAAACCGAACGCCCCACUACAGUACGUCCACCGCGAGAGCAACCACCCACCUACCAUCACAAAGAAUAUCCCUGCCAGUAUCAACAAACGCUUAUCUACACUAUCAUCAGACAAAGAAACCUUCGACCAAGCCGCCCCGCCAUACCAGAAAGCACUCGACGAAAGUGGAUAUAACUACACACUGCACUACGAACCAAACACCACAAGCAAACGCAAGAACCGCCAGCGCAACAACAUCAUCUGGUACAACCCCCCUUUUAGCAAGAACAAAAGCACCAACAUCGGCCACAGAUUCCUCUCACUCAUAGACAAGCACUUCCCUAAAGACCACAAACUCAGAAAAAUCUUCAACCGGAACACAAUCAAAAUCAGUUAUAGCUGCAUGAGCAACACCAAGCAGAUAAUUGACAGCCACAACAAACGCAUAAUCGCCUCAUCAAUAACAACCGAAGACGCCCCUACCUCCCUCGCCACCGCCAAUGACAAAACAUGCAACUGCAGACAAAAGAACGCGUGCCCCCUUGACGGAAACUGCCUCCAAUCAUCUGUUAUCUACCAAGCUACUGUAACAAGAAAGGACAACAACACCUCCGAAACCUACGUAGGACUAACCGAGAACGAAUUCAAGACAAGAUAUAGAAACCACACCGCCUCAUUCCGACACGCUAAACACAGAAACUCGACCGAACUAAGCAAGUACAUAUGGAAAAUCCUGUCAUCUCACUCCGCCUACAACAGCUCUAGCAAAAGAUGUAAUCUCUGCCUCAAAGAAAAACUUAUCAUUAUCCGCCAACUCAAGCUAUCAACUUUAAACAAUCGUAACGAGCUAGUGUCUUGGUCCCUCCACAGGAACAAAGCCUUGUUAUGCAACAGCUGAACUAUUCAAUUUCAUCAUAACAGCCAUUCAAAUUUCGCGCCCUAUUUUUAUGUUAAUUUUAUACAUAGAUAGUAUAUAAGUGA